UAACAUCCUUAGAUUUAAUUAAUUUAAGAAAGCGAAUAAGCAUCAUAAUCUCUUCAUCAAUGUAUACAAAGCUACUUAGAUAUUAUAUUCCUAUUAUUACACCACCGCAAUAAAUCUUUAAGAAAGUACCGUAUGAGUUGCGAUUCAUCAGUUUAAAGAAAGCUUUCUUAGGAAAAGUACGAUAUAUUCUCGUACUGCAACAUUAAAAAUGAUUUUGGACUGUCAAUUCAUACAGAUGCUUGUUUUAACGUGGUUUUAUAAAUACGCCAACGCCCAAAGCAUUCGAGUAUUGGGAGGGUCACCGACUACGAUACAACAAUUUCCUGUAGUUGCACAAUUGUUAUUAGACCCCUGGGAUAAAGGACAGUAUACCCAGCAUUGCGCAGGAGUCAUCAUCACCUCUCGACACGUUUUAUCCACGGCCCAUUGUUUUCAAUACAGCAGUGAAACUGGAUAUAACUACAGUGAUCCCCAAUUCUGGCGAGUACGUGUAGGGUCGUCUUUUCGCAGCCGAGGUGGCUUUCUCCACAAGGUGAAGACUGUGGUCACUCAUGAAGAAUUUGAUAGAUAUUAUUUUACCAACGAUAUAGCCGUUCUCGUGGUCGCUAAAAAGUUUUAUUUUGGCGACACGAUCAAGCAGGCCACGAUUGCCAACAAAGGAACUGAGCUUAUGCUAAAUUCCUUAUGUACCUUGGUGGGAUGGGGAGUUACACAGGUUGGAGGCCAACAAGCAGAUCAACUUCAACUAGCAACACUGUUCACAGUGGAUCAAAAGGAAUGCAGCCUUCGUUAUAAAAGUAUUGGCUCUGUUAUAUCAGAUUCUAUGAUAUGUGCGGGUCGUAUCGAUAUCGAUGGAAUAGAUGGUUGUUUCGGAGAUUCUGGUGGACCAAUAUUUUAUAAGGGUGUAGUUGCAGGCUUGGUGUCCUUUGGAUAUACAUGCGGUAAUCGGUUUUACCCUGGAGUGUACACCAAAGUAUCUUAUUACGUUGAUUGGAUUGUUAAUGCUAUAAGACGAUACAAGUGAUUAAAAAACAAAUUUUUGGAA